UCCUGCGUCUUGCAUUAGCCCCGCAUUAGCCCUGCUCCCUCUUGCCAAGAGCCUCUUUUUUCUCCACCCGAAUCGCUCUUGGCUCUUCGCAUGCAACCACCCCCGAGUGCCUGACACGUGUCUCGCAUACCGUCUCAACCAGCGCCACGAAUCUCUCUCUCCCCGCCUGACGAGAGGCGUCGCGUUCGAUUUCGGGUUCCAGACCAACAGGCGGAGCCUUCUCUCUUCACCGCCAGCCAUCACGGCGUCUUCCGCGCUCUCCGCGGCAGCAGCAGCAGGGGCCCGCCUGGCCUCUGCUGCCCCUGCUGCCUCUGCUGCGUGUUUUAGGCCUUCUUUGGGCGAUGGCGCUACCACUGGCAGUAGUGCGAGUGCGAGUGCUAGUGCGAGUUCGAGUUUGAGGUUGUUGCACCGAGGAGAGUUCUUGACGGGGCGACGAGUGACCAUGGCGAGUGCAGCUGUCGCGGCGCCGGCGAAGGAGGAGGCAAGCGGGGGGAAAGCAGCAGAGGCGGCACGCGUUGCUCCAGUGCAACCCACAGCCGUCUAUGAAACGCACAAGCUCCACGUGGCACCACCGGACGAUGCGGCGCUGCGCGCGGCGCCGUCCGUGCGGUCGCACGACAUGCUCGCGCCGUUCACGGCGGCGCACCAGUUCACGGACGCGCACCCGCUCGUUAUAGUCAAGUCGGAGGGCGUGUACAUCUGGGACAGCGACGGCCGGCGGUAUUUGGACGGGCUCGCGGGGCUGUGGAGCACGGCGCUGGGCGGCAACGAGCCGCGGCUGAUCGAGGCGGCGGACGCGCAGAUGAAGAAGCUUCCUUUCUACCACUCGUUCUGGAAUCGCGCCACGGAGCCCGCCAUGGAGCUCGCUAAGGAGCUGACGGGCAUGUUCACAGCGGAGCGCAUGGGGCAGGUGUUCUUCACCAACAGCGGCUCCGACGCCAACGACACGCAGGUGAAGCUGGUAUGGUACUACAACAACGCGCUGGGGCGGCCGGAGAAGAAGAAGUUCAUUGCGCGCGACAAGGCGUACCACGGCUCCACGCUCGUGUCCGCCAGCCUCACCGGCCUCUCCCCGCUGCACAAGAGCUUCGACCUGCCAGUGGACUUCGUGCUCCACACGGACUGCCCGCACUACUGGCGGUACGGGCGGCCGGGCGAGAGCGAGGAGGAGUACAGCACGCGCCUGGCGGAGAGCCUGGAGGCUCUCAUCGAGAGGGAAGGCGCCGAUACCAUCGCGGCCUUCAUCGCCGAGCCGCUUAUGGGGGCUGGGGGAGUCAUUCCCCCGCCUGCUGGGUAUUUUGACAAAGUGCAGGCCAUCCUGCGCAAGCACGACAUUCUCUUCAUAGUGGACGAGGUGGUGUGCGGCUUCGGCCGCCUGGGCGCCAUGUUCGGGAGCGAUCUCUACAACUUAAAGCCUGACCUGGUCACCCUCGCCAAGGCGCUCUCCUCAGCCUACAUGCCGAUCGGCGCAGUGAUGAUCAGCCAGAGGAUCGCGCACGAGGUGGCGGCGCACAGCAACAAGAUGGGGAGCUUCGCGCACGGGUUCACGUACUCGGGGCACCCCGUGGCGUGCGCGGUGGCGUUGGAGGCAGUGCGCAUGUACAAGGAGAUGGACGUGGCUGCCGUGGUUCAGGCUGCCGAGCCGUUGUUCCAGGGCGGCCUGCGGCACAUCUGCCAGGGCAGCCCCAUAGUGGGCGAGGUGCGCGGGGAGGGGCUCAUAGUGGGCAUGGAGCUGGCGGACCCCGUCACUAAGGAGCCCUUCCCGCCCGCGUGGGCGGUGGGGCCGUUCUUCGGGCAGUGUGCGGCGGCGCACGGGCUCAUCGUGCGCACCAUCGGGGACACCAUCGCCAUGUCGCCCGCACUCGUCAUCUCACCAGGGGAGAUCCAGGAGCUGCUCUCCAUCAUCCGCCUCUCGCUCAAGGAGACAGAGGCCUACGUGCGAUCCAAGAUGGACAUGAGUGACAUAGAGUGACAUGGAGUGGCAUGGAGUGGCAUGGAGCUGCGUAGACUGGCAUUGAGGGACGCAGAGGGGCGUGGAGUGAAAAGGGACGUUGAGUGACGGGGUGGGGCCUGCGCUUUCUCUCCUCGCUGCCACAGGGUGUUCAGGGCAGGGACGGUUCUGUCGUGCGGUUGGUAUACAUGUGGUCGGUGUUUUCUUUCUCGUUCGCAGAUGCAUAGUGUCAUCAUACGGUAUCUUGGGUUGCUACCCUGUCUUGGUUUCUUCUUUGCCAUAGCGAUCUUUGCAUUUCCCAAACGAACAAACUUGUGAAAAAUUGCCUUGCAUUGACUAGCACCUGCACUGCACUACAGCAUGGUCUCACUGGCCCCUAGAUUGCAGGAAAAAUUUCCUGAUUCAGGAAAAAAACAGAGUUGUUGCUGGUACCAGUGUUCAAAUUAUAUAAGUUAUAAUUUAAUAUAGGCUUGGUAGGUUG